AUGGGGCCCAGAACGCACACCAUCCGGAUACCAGACCAUCGCGACGACUGCGAGCUCGGCGUCUCAGACGCCAACGACAACAAUGCCGUCAAAAUCGGCGCAGGACUCGGCGUCCCCCUCGGUGUUAUUGCCAUCGGGGCCAUCGCAGCACUACCCUUCAUGAGACGCGGAAAGCGAGCGGGAGCCAGCACCAAUCAUCAGGAGCUCGCUAACAAGGGCGGACAAGAAAAGGCCCAGGACAACCUGGCUGCCGGCCCAACCGCAGGAACUAGACGGCCACGAGAGCGAAAUACACCGGUUUGA